CGCCGUGACGAGCGAGGCAGCAUUUUAAAUUUGCAGCAGAGAAAGACUGUUAUCGAGGAGAAGGGCAGGACGGAGUAACGCCGCAGUCGCCGCAGGGAGAGUCCGGCGAUUAUUUGCAUGUUUAUUUUGCCUUUUUUAUUUUUUUAAACUUAACAACCGCACGCGUUACAUUUUGUUAUCGUUUAGUCCAAAGGUUUGAAUGACGUUGGCCUCCACAGGUGGUUAACGAUAGUUUUGAUUUGAAUUCACGGGCUAGCUUCCGGGGCUAAACUAACGUCGGCUAAACAAUAGUUCGGCCCUGUCGACACGUCGGUCGCAGAAGUUUAAUUUUUAAAAGACGCGAGCACUCUUAAGAUUAAAUAACAAUGAGCGCAGCCACCGCGAAGCCGGCGGCACAUGUCGACCCCAAAUCGGCUCCACUCAAAGAGAUCCCCGAGGUCCUGGUCGACCCGCGCACCAUGAAGCGGUACGCGAGGGGCAGGUUCCUCGGGAAAGGCGGCUUCGCCAAGUGCUACGAGAUCACGGACCUGGAGACGCAGCAGGUUUUCGCCGGGAAAAUCGUGCCCAAGUCCCUGAUCCUGAAGCAGCACCAGAGGGAGAAGAUGACCUCCGAGAUCGCCAUUCACAAGAGCCUCAACCACGCCAACGUCGUCGGUUUCCAUGGCUUCUUCGAGGACGACGACUUUGUCUUCGUUGUCUUGGAAAUCUGCAGGAGACGGUCCCUGUUGGAGCUGCACAAGCGCCGUAAGGCCGUGACCGAGCCCGAGGUCCGAUACUACAUGACCAAACUGCUCAACGGCAUCCAGUACCUGCACAACAACCGCGUCAUCCACAGGGACCUGAAGCUGGGCAACAUCUUCCUCAACGACGACAUGGAGGUCAAGAUAGGGGACUUUGGUUUGGCCACAAAGAUCGAGUUCGACGGGGAGCGGAAGAAGACUCUGUGCGGAACGCCCAACUACAUCGCGCCCGAGGUGCUCUGCAAGAAAGGCCACAGCUACGAGGUGGACAUCUGGUCGCUGGGGUGCAUACUGUACACUUUGCUGGUGGGAAAGCCCCCGUUCGAGACCUCCUGCCUGAAGGAGACCUACAACCGCAUCAAGAAGAACAACUACACCAUCCCCUGGCACAUCAACCCGCUGGCGACGGCUCUCAUCAAGCGGAUGCUGCACGCCGAGCCCGCCCAGAGGCCCACCAUCGCCGAGCUGCAGGCCGACGAGUACUUCUCCACCGGCUACAUCCCGCUGCACCUGCCCACCACCUGCCUCACCGUGCCCCCGCGCUUCUCCAUCGCCCCCUCCACGGCCGCCGAGCUCAACCAGAGGCGGCCCCUGACGGCCAUCAACAACAAAGCCGGGACGGAGAAGGCGGACGGCAAGGACGAGCCGGCGCAAAGAGAGCCCGAGCCGACCGAGUGCCACCUGAAGGACCUGCUGCAGCAGCUCAACAGCAUCAUCGCUGCCAAGCCCUCCGAGAAGGCGGUCAUCUGCCAAGAAGAGGCCGAGGACCCCGCCUGUGUGCCCAUCUUCUGGAUCAGCAAAUGGGUCGACUACUCUGACAAAUAUGGAUUGGGCUACCAGCUGUGCGACAACAGCGUGGGCGUUCUCUUCAACGACUACACGCGGCUCAUCAUGUACACGGACGGGGACAGCCUGCAGUACAUCGACAAGGCGGCGGUGGAGAGCUACCUCAGCGUGCGCAGCUUCAACUCGUCCCUCCACAAGAAGGUCACGCUGCUGAAAUACUUCCGCAACUACAUGAGCGAGCACCUGCUGAAGGCCGGCGCCAACAUGGCGCGGCGGGACGGCGACGAGCUUGCGCGCCUCCCCUACCUCUCCCUGUGGUUCCGCACCAAGAGCGCCAUCGUCCUGCACCUCUCCAACGGCACCGUGCAGAUCAACUUCUUCCAGGACCACACCAAGCUGAUCCUGUGCCCGCUGAUGGGCGCCGUCACCUACAUCGACGAGAAGCGAGAGUUCCGCACCUACAAGCUGUCGCUGCUGGAGGAGUUUGGCUGCUGCAAGGAGCUGGCCAGCCGCAUGCGCUACGCCAAGCUGAUGGUGGAGAAGCUGCAGGACAGCAAGCAGGCCCCCGCCGCCCGCUAGAGCACUCGCACCCCUCCCUCUCCUCCUCCCUUGCUCCGAGGACACUUGUCUCCCCCCCCCCUCUGUAUUUUAUUGAAGGGUCCCGGCGUAGUGAUGCUUGCGUCCUGGUGCGUACAUGUUGUACAUGAAUGUUUUCUACGCCACUGAUUUUUGUCCUUUUUUUUGUUCUUCCUGCUGUGAUGAACUUGACGUUCUUGUGAUGCUUAAUCCUGACUAACGCGUCCCGGCAGAGGUAGAUCUUGCGCGGCUGCCGCUCUCGGACGAGGACGGGAUGUUGGGAGUUUAAUCUCCCACAAUCCUGCUUCAUUCUGUUCAUACAAAAGUCGAGGGGACCAAUGACAUUUAUUCCCCCGGUCUGGUUCUUUUAUCUGUUGUGUGUAGCGGGACCAUGUUUAUAAGUCUUCAUCAUGCACAUUCUUCCUGUAGUUUUACUAUUUUUAUAAGUCUAUUUUAGAUGUCUUGUCUUUCGCAACAAGAUGUGCAAACUUGUACAUACGGAUGAAUAUGCAUACACGUUGUAAAGAUGGUUAAAUUUUACCCAAGUUAAAAUAAAGAUUCUCUUGAACUUGA